AUGAAUAUGAACAGCACCCACGCCACGAUUCUCUGCUGCAACUGCGGCGCUCCCAUCGACGGAACGACCGCCGCCAACGCGCUCUGCUUCGACUGCAUCAAGUUGACUGUCGACAUCUCCCAGGGCGUCCAGCGCGAAGCCACCCUCAACUACUGCAGAGAUUGCGAGCGCUGGCUGCUGCCGCCCAGCAGUUGGAUCGUCGCCGCCCCCGAGUCCCGCGAACUCCUCGCCCUCUGCCUCAAGAAGCUAAAGGGCCUGAACAAGAUACGCAUCAUCGACGCCUCCUUUGUGUGGACGGAACCCCAUUCGAGACGAGUCAAGGUCAAGAUUACGAUCCAGGACGAGGUCCAGAGCGGCGUACUUCUCCAGCAGGCCUUUGAGGCGGUUUACAUCGUCGCAUACCAGCAAUGUCCCGACUGCGCAAAGUCCUACACGGCCAACGUGUGGCGCGCCUCCGUCCAGGUCCGGCAAAAGGUCCUGCAUAAGAGGACGUUCCUCUACCUCGAGCAGUUGAUUAUGAAGCACGGUGCACACAAAGAUACCCUCAAUAUUAAGGAAGCAAAGGACGGAAUCGAUUUCUUCUUUUCGGCGAGGAAUCAGGCUGAAAAGUUCUGUGAUUUCCUCAACUCCGUUGUGCCUUGCACGGUCAAGAAGUCGCAGGAGCUCAUUUCGCAGGAUAUCCACACAUCGACAAAAUCUUUCAAGUUCACCUUUUCAGUCGAACUGAUUCCUAUUUGCCGUGACGAUCUUGUGGCUCUGCCCAUCAAGCUGGCCCGAGCAUCCGGCAACAUUUCCCCCCUCGUCAUUUGCCACAAGAUCGGAACCGCAGUAUACCUUUUCGACCCCAACACCCUUCAGACCGCAGAUGUCAGCGCUCCUAUUUACUGGCGUGCACCGUUCCGUUCCCUCGCCGACGUCAAGUCACUCGUUGAGUUUAUCGUCAUGGACAUCGAGCCGACGGGCAUCACAAAGGGCAAGUGGCAUCUCGCAGAGGUGCAAGUAGCCCGUGCCUCCGACCUGGGCUCAAACGACAAGACCUACUUUGCGAGAACACACUUGGGCGGCCUGCUGCACGCCGGCGACUCGGUCUUGGGCUACAUGCUCACGGGCACCAACUUCAACAACGAGGAGUUUGACGCCAUUGAAGAGUCGCACGCCUACGGCUCGACGAUACCCGACGUCAUCCUCGUCAAGAAGCACUACCCCAACAGAAGAAAGCACAAGAACCGUAACUGGAAGCUCAAGCGCAUGGCCAAGGACGAGGGUGAGCUGCUGCCCAAGCAGGCUGACCAGGACCGCAUGAACGAGGACUACGAGCAAUUCUUGCGCGAUGUCGAGGAGGACGACGAGCUGCGCGCGACGAUGGCGCUGUACAAGUCACAACAGCCGCAGAACAUCGAUCCGGACGCCAUGAGCAUCGCCGAGACCGAGGGCGACGAGGGUGCUCCGAGGGUGGACAUGGAUGAACUGCUUGACGACAUGGACGAACUCCAGAUUCAGGAUUAA